CGUAAUCUGUCAAAUUCGUAACAACAUAACCUAAAAACUUGUUGACCUCAAUGAAAAACUGAAAAUAUUUACAGAAAAAUGAGUGCAAGACUCAUAUUGCGGUCUUUAUAUUGUAGUUUUACAACAAAACCACCUAUUCGACGCAGUUUCCUGCCUGCAAAUAGGUUAUAUGUUGGUAUAUUUCGUGUUUCUUGUAAUGACUACUGUACCAAAGUAGAAGCUCAGGUUGUGGAGAAGAAACACUGUAAUAUAGGUACUAUUGGCCAUGUAGACCAUGGUAAGACGACCCUGACUGCAGCUAUUACAAAGAUAUUGGCAAAUGAUGGGUUGGCGCAGUAUGUAUCAUAUGACGAGAUUGACCGUGCACCAGAGGAAAAAGCUAGAGGUAUCACAAUAAACGCCGCCCACGUAGGCUACAGCACAAAGCUACGUCACUACGCACACACUGACUGUCCCGGCCACGCAGACUACAUCAGAAACAUGAUAUCAGGAGCCUCGCAGAUGGAUGCCUCGAUCCUUGUGGUGGCAGCUAAUGACGGGCCGAUGCCGCAGACGAGAGAACAUUUAUUGUUGGCCAAGCAAGUUGGCAUACAGUAUAUUUUGGUGUAUAUUAAUAAGGCUGAUUUAGUUGAUAAUGAGCUGCUAGAGCUUGUAGAAAUUGAAAUGAGGGAGCUGCUAUCAGAUUUUGGCUAUGAUGGCAACACUGUGCCCAUGAUCUGUGGUUCAGCAUUGAAGGCAUUAAAUGGUGAUGAGUCUGAAUUUGGUGCACCAUCAAUCCGCAAGCUCCUAUCCACAAUGGAUGAAUACGUCCCUCCCAUAGUGCGGGAUCUAUCCUCCCCCUUCCUCAUGCCCAUAGACAAUGCCUUCACAGUCCCCGGCAGAGGGACAGUAGUCGUUGGUACCAUAAAGCGAGGAAUUAUGAAGAAGAACGCAGAUGCUGAGCUCUUGGGUUUUGGCAAUAAUAUUAAGACUACUAUUUCUGAUGUUCAGAUUUUUAAGGAGAGUGUGCCUGAGGCUUUAGCCGGCGACAACGUAGGAGUAUUACUCAGAGGAAUGAAGAUAAAGUCAGUGGAAACGGGAAUGCUUCUGACAGCAGCAAAGAGCUGUUUUCUAAGCAACCACUACAAAGCAAAGAUAUAUUUCUUGACGAGGAACGAGGGUGGAAGAAGGAAGCCUGUAUUCUCUAAGUAUUCGCAGCAAAUGUUCAGUGGAACUUGGAAUAUUGCUUGUAGAAUUGAUUUGGAUCCAUCACUUCACAUGAUGAUGCCAGGAGACCACGGCGAAGUAUAUUUAACCCUUCUCCAAGACAUGGUGAUGACUGUCGGUCAACCCUUCACUAUUCGAGAGAAUAAUGUUACCGUAGCUACCGGUAUCAUUACCGACUUGCUAAAGUCAAUAAAUGUGCCUAAAGGGAAAUUGGGAAAAGUCGUGCUAAAGUUAGAAGAAUGAAUGUUGUAAAUAGUAUUUGUAUUAAACUGUAGAUAUUGUUAAUAAAUUGUUAUUAUGUAUA